GACAUAGUGAUAAUGCAAAAAUUGGUUUUCUUAUGCUAUAUGUUCAAAUCAACUUUGAUACGAAGUACUAUUUCAAAAUUGAAUUUAAUAAGAAAAUUAUGAGCCUAAGGUUCUGAACUUCUAUGGUAACAAAAAAUAGGGUUUUUACGGUGGACCUUAAAGAUCAGAAAAUGUAAUACCUUCCCUUAUAUAUCACAAAAAAUAAAUUAAUUAAAAGGUUCUAAACUUCAGAUAUUAAUAACUAAUAAGUUACUAUUGUGCUAACUGAUUUUUGUUUUUCUAUGCCUAAAGUAAAUAUAUACUAAUCAUAUUUAUUGAUAGAAACAUUUAAAGAACACGUAGGUGGCGCAGUGUUCUCGUGCAUAGCCACUCUAGAUAUACUAGAGUAACAUGUUUUUUUUUUAUUUCCCCUUUCCACAAUACUCGAUUUUCGGUUUAUAUAUUUGAACUAUUGUGCAUAUGUAUUUUAACUUGAAAACUUAAGGUGAAAAAGAUUCAAGAAUUACAGCCGAAAUACAUAUUUUACGUUAGUGUUGAUUGUCGAAACUCUACAUGAUCCCAAACAAGGUUCGUGAACCAUGCUUUCCAGAGGGCAACCUCUUUCGAAGAACACAAUCACCCUACCUAAAUUUGAUUACAAAUGCCUGAAUUCACUUUGUGAUGAAACCUUCCGAAAUUUUGGUCAUUCUGAUUUUGGUUGGAUCAGAAAGUAUAGAUGGUUAGAUAGCUACUAGCUACUAGCUUCCUUCUGGACUGUUUGAUGGAUCGAUUGAGUCACACAGGGGCUGCGGAUGCUCUUGAUUCACCCAUUCUUUUGUCUUUGGAUACAUGGCCGUCUCAAAUUAAUUUUAGGCCAUGUUCAAAAAAAUAUUAAUUGUACACUUUAUCAAGUAAUUUUAAAAUUUAAUAACUUUAUCUAAUUUUUUUAAAUUAUAAGUUUUAAAUUUAACAUUAUAUCUAAAAUUUUAAAGUUUCUUACCAUGGUUUAUCUAUAUAUUUUAAAAAAUCCUUAAACUUUUUAUUUUUAUAUUUCGAGGCCAUGUUUGACCGCUCCACUUGCGCGUGCGGUUAGACGGCCCUGUUUGGAUAUGACACACCAAGUUGACUUGAGAGGUUGUUAAUUCUAUUGAUUCACACACACUACAAUCAAGUUGUUGUUUAGGAAGAAAUGACUUACCAAAUUUGUAAGAGAAAGUUUUAGUAAAAAUGAUGAUUGAAUUCAACUGGAAUCGUACAAGAGGUUAUGUAAAAAGAAAAGGAAGGCAUGCAAACUCUUAGAAGAAAUGUAGAUAAUUAGGAAAGAUUUAAACUAAAAACUAGGUAAUUUAGAAGACAAAGACUAACUCCUUGCUUUCAACCAAGUGGAUCAAGUAGAAAAUGGCUUCCUUAAACUUGUUGGCCUUGCUCUUGCCACUGGCCCAUUAGAGAAAGAAAAUAGAUCUUCAUUUUGAUCGGUGAUCUCUUUUUGGGGCGAUAGAGGUUUGAUUUGACCACCAUCACUUUGGGUCCGAUCUACUUUAGAAAUGGCAUGUUUGAAAUGGUCGUUGGCUUUACUUUUUCGAUGAAAAAGUCUAUCAUUCUUCAAAACAGACUCAGAUCCAUCUGAUUCCUUUCCAAGCACUUUUUUAGUCCACCGGGGUUGAUCUAGUUUUUUUGUUGGUCUUUCAUUGAGCGGUUCAACCAUAGUUCUACAACCGUCUUGUUCGUCCAAGGUUGUACCUUUGAUUGGUUCGACUAGGAUUGCAUCACUUUGAUUUUCUUCUUUAAAUGAUAAUUACAAAUACUAUACCUUAAUUAACAGUUUUAAAUAACUUUAGCGAUAUUUAAAAAAAAACUUAUUUACUUUAAAACCGAUAGAAUUGUAUGUAUAUGUAGUUUGAAUGAUUUCAUCUAAAUUGUGAUAUCAACCAUAUAUUGGGUUGGUUAUCUGUUGGUUUUAUUAAUGAAUUUAUCAACUUGGAGAAAGUAACUAUACUGUAAGUAUCUUUUAAAAUGUAUAUGUAUAUAUCUAAUUACUAAAACUCCUUGGUGUGUAAAAAGAGGAUCCAAUGAUGAUAUAUAUUAAACACUAAUUAACCCUAUGAGUUUAUAUUAUACUCAAAAGGAAAAUAUUUAACGAUAUGGUUUCUUUUGAAAAGUAAAAAUGAUGAUUUUUUGUUUCGUUUCCAACCGUACAAAGUUACCCUAGAUAAAACCUUAACUAUGCCAUUAAUUAAUUAGGUAGAAUUUGAGAUGAGGAAGACAAGUGUAGCUAGUAUAACGUAUAUGUGCGAGUUUUCCGGUUCAGUUGUUACCACGUGUCAAAUUAUGGUCCCUCGAAUGUGCAGGACAGAGUAAGUCGUGUUGAACUGAUAGGAUGAGAGAAAUAAGGGACAGAAGAGUUGUAUAUAGAGAAAGGGAGAGAGUUCUUUGAUUGGUUUCGCUUUGCUUUUUUGCUCAGUGAUCAAGUUUUUCACUUUGGUUUUACAAAAUCUGUCCAAAACGACGACCAUAAAUUCUCUGCACAUUCGGCGUAAAAGAAAUCUAGAGCAAGUAGUCUCUCUCUUUCGUCACCCCAACCACUCAUCUACCAAGUUUGAACACAUUCUGUAGGGGAAGAUAGAUGUUUUAAGAGCAUUGAAAGAAAAGAGAAGACCCCGAUCGGGGUGCCUAUAUCUUCAUGGUAAUUAGGGUUUCUGAACGAUUUUUAAUAUCAUACUUCUAACCCAGGUUUCAAGGAGGAGCUAGUUGGAGUUUAAAAAUGGCUGGGAUAGGAUCAUCAAGAAACAACGAAGAAGACAAUCAGCACAAGACAAAUUGGCUUUGGUACAGAAACACAGUUAGCUCAAAUACGAGCCACAAUAAUCAGCAGCAGAUAUGGCAGCAGCAAAGCCUCGAUCUAUAUCCUGGUCAGAUCAACGUCUGUGAUGUGACUACGUCAUCAUCAAGAUCCGUAACUAUAAGUUGUCAAGACUGUGGAAACCAAGCCAAGAAAGGUUGCACGCAUAUGCGGUGCAGAACUUGUUGUAAGAGCCAAGGGCUCGAUUGUCCCACUCACGUGAGGAGCACAUGGAUCCCUGCCGCCAAACGCCGUGAGCGGCAGCAGCAGAUAGAGACGCCAACAGGAAAUCGAAAUGGCCGUGGCUGCGGAGUUGGCAAUAUCCCAAAACGGAGUUGGGAUCUACCGGAUACCUUAGACUCGCCAGAGAUGGAUGGGACAGCAUUUCCAGAAGAAGUGAGCUCAGAUGCACAUUUCCGGUGCGUUAGAAUGAGCGGCACAGACGACGGAGAAAGCCAAUUUGCUUACCAGACGACCGUGGGCAUAGCUGGUCACGUCUUUAAGGGAAUUUUAUAUAGCCAAGGCCCAGAAAGCAUGAUGAUGCCUGGUACACAAUUCCAUGAGAACCCAUCAAGAUCUUAAUUGUUGCAUACACUUUUUUUAAAAUGUAAUAUGUCGUAUGUUAGAGCAUCUCCAAUGUUCACCUCUAUAAUUUUCUCUAAAAUAGAGAUCUCUAUUAUAGAAGUAAAAAUGCUCCAAUGUAUGUCUCUAUAAUAGAGUUUCUCUAUUUUAGAGAAAAAUAUAGAGGAAAAUUACUUUUUGCCUCUAUAUUUAGAGGUGAAAAUAUCAUAUCUCUAUAUUUUUCUCUAUAAAUAGAGGAACUCUAUUAUAGAGGCAUACAUUGGAGCAUUUUCACCUCUAUAAUAGAGUUUCUCUAUUUUAAGGGAAAAUAUAGAGAUAGAAAUAGAGGUGGGUUGGAGAUGGUGUUAUGUAUUUUUUUGAAAUAUGUCUGAUAUUACGUGUAUACGCACACCAAAUAACCUAAUGUGCACACUACCACAAUCGAAUGGUAUGUUGAUGUAGCACUUUAGGAUCGAAUCCACAGAGACCAAAUCUUACACUUUAUCUUUAUGGGAUCAGAAUCAAGCUAAAACAAUAUGGGGGUUUUAAAGUUUGUGGUAACGUAAAAAGCAAGUAACAGAUUGGUUUUAAGUUUCAGAUUAAUGAGAAACUAACCUAGGGUUUAACGGGCGCUUACAAUCAUGAGCCAAACAAUUAUUCAAGUUUGAUUAAUGGACUAGUCUAGAACUAGGAACACAAUACUAGAUCAACCCACUGUCGUGGUGUUUCACCUUUCAACGAUCAGCCUCAAUACCUAAGCUCUCGCUUGGAUCAAGGCGUGAUGAUGAACAUUAAGAUCAAGUCCAAUCGGUUCACAAAACACCCUAAUAUCUACUUUCGCUGAUUAGGGAUGCUAUGCUCAUUCAUAACAUAUCUAGCAACCUAUUACACGGUUAAUGAAUAGGUUAAACCUAGGAUCUAACAAUAACUGGCCAGUUUAAUGCAAGCAAUAAGAGCAGUUAUGAAUGAAGACAAUCAAUGGAUACUUAUCUAUGUUUAGCUCACGAUCUAACACCCUAACACCCUAGGCUAGCUAGAUCGACUACUCAGACAUGGACAAAGAAAUCACAGAGAUCAAUUCUGAAUAAAACUUCAUGUAAAUAAAAGAGAUAGAAAGAGGGUUCAGGAUAAUCUUCUCUAUGGUGAGAGAGAUGGAGCCUUCUCCCUUUACAAUCCAAAAG